AUGGCGUCCCCCACAGAUGCCCUCGACCUUCUCCGAACAUCCAUCACCAACAACACCCCUCCAACCCUCCUGACCGCCGCAUCCGACCCGUCCCCCACCCUCGCUCUCGCCUCCUACCUCUCCUUUCCCUCGUCCCCUUCCCCCAUCCAGCUUUCAAAAGACACUGCUACUCGAUUCUCGUCAAAGAUUGGAUCAGUGGACGAGUUCUACAAUGUAGGGCAGCUUUACCUGGCGUGGGUGGAGAGAGAGAGCGGUGUUCGGGACUAUUUAAUGAAAGGUCAGGCCGGAGGAGUGGGAUAUGUCGCCAUCACGGAUAGGAGGGUUGUGGUGGAUUACUUGCUUGGAAGUGGGGAUGGCGAGGGGAGAAUAGUGGCGAGAGGCGAGGAGGGCGCUAAAUCGCAAGCGGCAGAAGCGUCAGCAGCAUCCGCUACCGCUGAAGCGCUCCCUUCUGCCUUGGAAGCAACUCAAUCAGGGCCUUCCAGCGCUGCUGUACCGUCAAAGCGCAAGUAUGAGGUGGACGUUGCGGACCGCGAAUUUUGUCGAAAAUUGAGGACAGAGGAAGUCGAGCUCAGGGAUAGGAAUAGUGCUCUUCGUUCUGCUGGAGGUGGCAAAAACAAUGCGUUUGAAUCGUUGGCCAAAAAUGUCAUACACGACAAGAUAAAAGCUCUUCGGACAUCUUUGGCCGACAGUAAGGGCGGAAAGUCUGCGGCACCUGCCCUUGCCCUGCAAUCAGAUUUGAACAGGGCGAAGAAGGCCAGGUCGACAAACCCUAUCAUUGUCAUCUCGUCCUCACCGACAAGUUUGAUCACCAUGUGGAACGUAAAGAAGUUCUUGGAGCAAGGGGUGUUCGAGUCUUCAGAGCAAGCCCGGCAACGUGAAGCCUCUCAAGGCAAUGCCAAAGCCGAGGACAUGAUACCGGUCGUGCGCAAGCGAACAGGGCCACAUGGCGAUGUGACAAGCAAGUACUAUGUGGUGGAUAGUGCCGAUGCGCUUGCGAAAUUCGGGCAGGAUGCUUGGGAUCGAGUCAUCUGUGUGAUCACCACCGGUCAGGCGUGGCAAUUCAAACCUUACAAAUGGCAGGAUCCCAGAGUUCUGUUCCAGAAUGUCAAAGGUAUCUACUUUCAUUGGAACAAUGAGCCCGUCAACCCUACAGUGAAGGAUUGGAACGUGACAGAGAUGAGGAUUGACAAGAACAGAAGACAUACGGAUCGACAAAUUGUUGCAGACUUUUGGAGAAUCAUGGAUGGCGCCAAACGACGAUAG